UGCUCUUUCCCGAGUAGGAGGCGGCGCAUUUCUGUGACGCGCACUCUGGGGCGCGCUUCCCCUCCGACAUUUCUCCCUCCUCUAGAGGGGCGGAGCCAAGUAAUCCCCCUUUUUCUCAUCGCCCUCCUCCCUCUCCCUUCCACCCUCCUCGAGCUCCGUCCUCCCCCGAGCACGAGCGGCUUCCGUGGCGGCGGCGGCGGCGGCGGUUGUUGUUGUCGUGCCCGCGCCCGCUCCCGCUCCGGCAGUACCACUUGCUCCCCAGCCCCCAGCCCCCGGCCCCUGGCGGGCUAUGGUGCCGCGGUGCCGGCAGAUCUGGGCGGCGGAGAGGAGGGCAUGAAGGAGGAUGGAAGCGGAGGACGAGGUGUCCCUCCGGGAGCAGCAUUUCCACAGCCAAGUGCGGGAGUCCACGAUAUGCUUUCUUCUGUUUGCUGUUCUCUACAUUGUUUCCUACUUCAUCAUCACAAGAUACAAGAGGAAGUCAGAUGAACAGGAAGAUGAAGAUGCCAUAGUCAACAGAAUUUCGCUGUUUUUGAGCACCUUCACGUUGGCAGUUUCUGCUGGUGCUGUUUUGCUUCUUCCUUUCUCAAUAAUCAGCAAUGAAAUCCUCCUUUCUUUUCCACAAAACUACUAUAUUCAGUGGUUAAAUGGCUCCUUGAUUCAUGGUUUGUGGAAUCUUGCUUCUCUCUUUUCCAAUCUUUGUUUGUUUGUGUUGAUGCCUUUUGCCUUUUUCUUUCUGGAAUCAGAGGGAUUUGCUGGGCUGAAGAAGGGAAUCAGAGCACGAAUUUUGGAAACUGUUGUUAUGCUGAUUCUUCUUGCACUGCUUAUUUUUGGAAUAGUUUGGGUAGCUUCUGCUCUCAUUGACAAUGAUGCUGCCAGUAUGGAAUCUUUAUAUGAUCUCUGGGAAUUCUACCUACCUUAUUUAUAUUCCUGUAUAUCAUUAAUGGGAUGUUUAUUACUUCUUUUGUGCACACCAGUUGGACUUUCACGAAUGUUCACAGUCAUGGGGCAGCUGUUGGUGAAACCAACAAUUCUUGAAGACCUCGAUGAACAAAUUUAUAUAAUUACACUUGAGGAAGAAGCACUUCAGAGGAGACUAAAUGGGUUAUCUUCAUCAGUGGAGUACAAUACAAUGGAACUGGAACAAGAACUUGACAAUGUGAAGGCAAUGAAGUCAAAAUUAGAGAGACGAAAAAAGGCUUCAGCAUGGGAACGGAAUUUGGUGUAUCCUGCUGUCAUGGUUCUUCUUCUUAUUGAAACAUCCAUUUCAGUCCUCCUGGUUGCCUGCAACAUCCUUUGCCUCUUGGUUGACGAAACUGCAAUGCCAAAGGGAUCGAGGGGACCUGGCAUAGGAAAUGCUUCCCUUUCUACUUUUGGUUUUGUGGGAGCAGCACUUGAAAUAAUUUUGAUUUUUUACCUUAUGGUGUCCUCCGUUGUCGGCUUCUACAGCCUCCGCUUUUUUGGGAGCUUUACUCCCAGGAAAGACGACACGACUAUGACAAAGAUAAUUGGAAAUUGUGUUUCAAUCUUAGUCUUGAGUUCUGCACUACCUGUGAUGUCAAGAACCUUGGGAAUUACCAGAUUUGAUCUUCUUGGAGACUUUGGAAGAUUUAACUGGCUAGGGAAUUUCUACAUUGUACUCUCCUACAAUUUGCUGUUUGCUAUUGUAACAACUUUAUGUCUAGUCAGAAAGUUCACCUCUGCUGUUCGAGAAGAACUUUUCAAGGCCUUAGGUCUUCACAAACUUCAGCUCUCAAACAAUGCAAGAGACUCAGAAACAUCCAAACCUUCUGCAAAUGGGCAUCAGAAAUCACUGUGAGAGAGACAAUCAAUAAUCUUUUGCAGUUAGAAGAACUGAAAAUUCCGACCUCAUGACAUUCCUGUCAUUGUCAUCAAAAUAUUUUUUGUACUAAUUUUUGGUUUAUAUUUUGAGCUCCAGCCUGUAAAUGUCAUUUUCCACACUGUACUUGUGAGAAUCUGGUUACUUCAGAUUCUACUUUUUCUAGUCUGACUUUUUGACCUGUACCUACAUGUUCUACAGAUUCCUUGAAGACUGGAACCCGAGAAGAACAUGGAAUUACUUUUCUGCAGACAGAGUAUGGUACAUCAAUAGAUGUAACAUCCAUACUUUGGAAAGUUCUGUCCUUGCUUACUAUGAAAAUAUAUUUAAAAAACAGGUUUUGAGAUAUUUAACAUAUUCAUUUAAAGUCCAUCACAAACUGGACCAAAAGUUAUAUAAAUAUUAGUAGAAGGUGUUCUUGAUUGUAAAUGAAGAUCUCACCCCAAAUGCAGUUUUUAAAUGCUUGUGAAUGUCAGUUAUUAUAAUGUAGGCUGCAUUAGAAUUAGCGAUUAGCAUUCCAGAAUUAUAUUUGGAAAUGACUUUUUAAAAGUUUUUUUGUAGGUUUAAUUUUGAAUAAUAGAAGCUUUUGCUUCUGGUAAUUGUUACAGACAAGGUGGAUCAGCCGAUGAGCCCAAGGGACAAAUCUUCUUAAAUCUGAGCCUAGUGUGCUUCUUAGAGAGCCACAGAAAUGUCUUCUGUUUUGCAUUAUAAUAAGCUAUGGCAAGAUGUAUUGUGUGGUCACAUUAGAUCUAUAAAAUUGUGUCUGUUCUAUUUAGCAUUUACCCCCAUAACAGUUGUCAGUGUGAGAAUCCCACUUAUAAUUUAGAUUUACCUCAUAGGCUUCCAAGUAUCAGUGGCUUUCCUGGCCUUUGGGUAAGUUAAUAUCAUUUCUCUGCUCUGAUAUGGCCCGACAACUGAUCAAAAUAUAAAUAUUGGUCAUCUAAAGCCAUGUCUGCCACUGAGUUAUUUAGUCCUUUAUUACUAUUUUGUAUACUAAAACUUAAAUAUCAGGCUUAUAAAAUUUUAAAUCUAUUACCCAAAGUCUAUGCAGGGACAGGCUUGUUGUAAGAAAAGAUUGGCAGUGCAGUGUGAUGUAAGUAAUAAUUUUUAAAAUGAUCUAUUUCUAUCAGAUGAUUUUGCUGACCAAUGCCACCAAUUGAAAAAUAGAAAAUAUUAUUCCAUAUGACCAUACAUGGGCAAAUUGCCCAGAAUUCUGCAUGUAAAAUGUAUAAUAUGGACACAUUUGCACAAAAUUCAUAUAUAUGCAAUUUAUAUAUACACACAUGCACUAUGUGUAUGGGAAUAGAUUGUCUGUGUUCAGACAAAGUUACUAAAAUGUUUGUUUUUCACAUUGCUGAAUUUAAGGGAGUGUGUGAAUGUGUGAGCACGUGAGUGCGCAUGUGUGUGUGUGUGUAUGUGUGUGUGUGUGUGUGUGUGUUUAUAUUCAUAAAACUGGAAUGUGUAUAUUUGGCAUCUGAAACUUUGCUUUCACUUAGAACCCAAUGAUGAGGAAAUGACUUUUAACUCUUGAAGAUUCAUAUAUUCCAUGCAGUCUGCUAUGGCUCUGUUUUCCCUUUCCUUCAGAUAGACCAGAAGGAUGUCAAAUCUACAAUACAGGUUAAAAAAUAACCACCAUCAAACACUCAGUGUUUUUAAGCACUCCAAGAAUCCAAGACUCGUGAAUUUCCUGAAGCAGUCUCAUUUGAAUGGAAAGAGCUCCUCAAAUAUUAAGUAUUAGAUAAUUAAUAAAGAUCAGCUGCCUCGUUUCUGCUUUUUAUUUCACAAUUAAUCAUAAUUUAGGCAUCAGUUAUGUGCAAACAUACAAGGGUUGGACUACAGUCCCUGCCUGAAAGACUUAUGAACAGGAUUUAACCGAUAAGAUCGGAUGAAGGCUAUAAGAGAGAAAUAGAGUCAGGAGCCUAGACGAUUAUAUUUUGUAUGGUCAUUAGACGUGGCAGUGGAUAGCAUUUUUGACCUGCAUCGUACACUUCAAGGAAGAAUUCUGGGGCAUGGACUUGGUGUCAGAAAAGUGAUGACUAAAUUAUCUUUUUAUAAAUUAUUUCUAUUUGUCAUGCUUUUGUAAUAUGUAGACUUUUAUUUCCAAAAUUGAUGUAGACAAGUAGCGAGUGAUACAGUGUGCUAAGAUAAAAUCUUCUUCCUUAUUUUUUAAUGUUUCUCAAGCAGUGAUGGUGAUUGUGAUGAGCACAAAUUAUUAAAUGACUCAUAACUUACUACAUAAUCACAAUAGAUUUAGAUUUUAAGAGUAACCACUAUAUUUUUGAUUAUUUGUUUUUUCAAAUUGCUUCUGAGACUUACUACUGAAGUUCAACCUUUUUUUUUUUCUGCACUGAAGGUCCACAACAGGAGUGGCCAACAGCAUUCAGUUCUGUUACCACCAACAGUCACCAUCUCAGUCUUCCUUUUGUUGUCUGCUAGCAAGAGAGAAGAGGUACUGCUACAAAAAAGAGGCCCAAAUGUUACUACUUACAUCAGCAUUUCUUUUCCAUUUACAUAGGCAGUGAUACAAGAUUAUAUUAAAUCCAGUGUUUGCUUUUUGAUGUUUCCCACUUCCCCAUAGCUGUUUAAUGGAGUGUCAGGAGCACCAGUCACAAAGGUUUCUUGGAUUAGUAAACUUAAGUGAAAGAAAGAUACCUUAUGUAGCACUAAGAGGAGCCAGUGUGAUUUGGUAGACCAUUAUUAAUUGAUUCUUCGCUAUUUUUAAUAAAUUGCUCAAGACAUUUGAACAGAUUUCUGCUGCUUUGUCAUAUUAGCCAAAUUCAACAUCCACUUAGCAGCUUAAUGUACAUUCUUGAAACAAACUUUUCUGCAUACUAAACUCUUCAGAGAUCAGUGGGAAAGCAAUUUGUGUGUAUUUCAUUGAAACAUCCUUUGAACUGCCAUAUUUAGUCAUUACUGCUGGGUAUAGGUGGCGUGUUCUAAAUUGUUUUGACUCCCAAUUUACAUUCAAGGUGCUUGUAUAGCUCAUCUUGGCAACAUCAUCUGCCUCAUUUGUUGUGAGUGAGACAUAGAUAUCCUUUUUUUUUUUUGUCACUCCAGUGUCGGUGUACCAUAAAUAUGACCAAAAAUGUGUGUUUAAAAUUAUAUUUAAGCCAGUAUGUGGCCUUUUGUUUUUUUGUUGUUAGCACAGUGUUUUAUGUAUAAUGGCAGGACUCUUGGAAUAUGAUCUUUUUUUGUUUUGUUUUGUUUUGUUUGAAAAAUGUAAGUACAUCUACAGUAUUGACUUUUUAAACUUUUAAACUAAAAUUACACUGUUUUGAUGUUACUGUACAAAUUUUCGAACGCCCUGGCAAAUGAUUCUUGUUUAUAGAUUGUACUGUGAUGUUUAUCUUUUGGUCGUUUGUUCCUCUGAGAUACUUUUGAGUGUGACUGUUUUAAAAUGUCUUAGCAAUUAAAGAGUUUUACAAAAAGUCA